AACAGGAACAUGAAAACAGGCUAAGACUGAACCACGAUGCCCUGAAGGUUUUCAUGUUUGAAUUUCUCUGCAAUGGGAAAAAAACUAUGUAUUGAUGCAGCCAGAGAGGACGACUCCCUAGGGAGACUCAUCAACGAUGAUCAUGUAAGCCCAAACAGCAGAAUGAGGAUCAUCACUGUGGAUAGAAAGCCUCAUCUCUGUUUAUUUGCAAUCAAGGACAUCAGGCCAGGGGAAGAGAUAACCUACAACUAUGGAGAUUCGGACUGGCCAUGGAGAUUAAAGGUUUCAACUGAAGCACAUCCUCACCAUGCAGCCUGGGCAUCUGACUGCACCAAAGAUGUUAAACAGCUUUUGGGUGAGAGAGAAUCUCUGUCAUGUCCUGUCCAGACAAGACACUUGUAUAUUGCUCAGACAACAUUAAUCAGGUUUCAACUGAAGCACAUCCUCACCAUGCAGCCUGGGCAUCUGACUGCAUCAUAGAUGUUGAACAGGUGACUUCAUUUCUGUUGAAUGUUAG